GCGGUCGGUGGUGUGGACGCAUCGGUUCUCGCCUCCUCUUUCUUGCCAACAUUCCUUUUUACCGCGUUUCUUCGUCAGACAGUGGUUCAGUGUCCAGGUGUGAACAGGAAUUUCCAAAGGGUCUCUCAGAAGGCGAGAGAUUCCCCGAAAAAGCCGCAAGAAUGUCGGCGAGCACGCAUCGUCCCGUGGCGCUCUUUCCGCCUGCGCUGUGCAAAGACUCUUCCCUUUUCUGCGUCUACACCGCGUCUUCUUCUCUUUUUGGAGAGCGAGAACUCGACGCGUAGUGUGUCUCUUCGGCAAAAAGCGAGAGAAAAAGAAAACGCCUCUUCACCUGCUGCACAUGACGACCAGGCAGCUGGGCGCCGUACACCACGCGAAAAGAGACAAGAAAAGCGAGCAGGCGACGGACAUCCUUGUGGAUGCUUCUUCUGCUUCUCCCCUAAAAGGGUGGACUUCUGUUCUUCUCAUGGCUCCGGUUCGCUCAUUUCCAUUUCUCACUGGGUCGUUUGACUACUUCCGUCUUCUGCACAUCUGACAGGCGUCGACGGCUUCUCGCGCAAAGAUACAGGGUCCUCUCGGACGAACCAAGAGAGAAGAAAAAUCGUCCACGCAGCUUCUUCCAGGAACUCAACUUGCCUACACCUUCUUCAGACUCUCUCCUAUGAACGCCUGGCUUCGCUGCGUGGAUGCUCCGAAAGAGGUCACUCGAACAAAACGCGAGACUUCUCUCAAUCGAGGAAUCCCAGCAAAAGCUCCUUGGUGAAAAAUACGUCUCUGCCUCAAACGUCGACCUUUUUCUUCUCUUCCUCUUCGAUCCCCUCGUCCUCCGCCUUCCCUCCCCUCCCCUGUCAGUCUCUUCCUCCCUGUUUUCUUCGCCUCGGUCUUCUUCUCCUUCCUCCUCGCUUUCUUUUCUUCGUUCAAGAUGCCGGCGCCGCCGCCUUCGCCUUCGCUACUCUCUCCCUCUCCGGCGGGAGUUUCUUCUGCAAGCUCGUCGAGUUCUUCGUCAUCCCAAGGCGCGCAAAAGUCUGCGCGCGGCCCUGCGGCUGCAGGAUCUUCUGCUUUGCGUUCUUCUUCGGAGGUCAGUCCUCCCUCGCCUGCCGCUGGUCUCCCCCGAGACGCUUGCAGGCUGGAGACAGCUGUCUCCUCGACGGCGCUGGCGAAAGGCAGGCCCGGUCCGCCGAGUCCGCGCGGCGCGAGGAGAAGCUCCAGCACAGUCUCGACAAAGAGCAUUCCUUCGAAGAAACUGUCCGCGCGGUCACUGAAGAAAGAGACGAAAUCCGCGUCACCGGAUUCCGAGCAGAAGAAGUCGAAGGAAAAGGUAAAUGCAGCCUCCAAGAAAUCACUCGCUUCGCCACAACUGGCUCCGGAAACGGACACUGGGGUCCGCGGCUCUCGGACAGACGAUGCGGCUCAGCGGCCGCAGAGCCUCGAAUCAACUGUCGGCACCGAGGCUCUCCCUUCUUCAUCCAAAAGUCCUUCCCUUAUUCAUGGCUCCUCCUCGUCAUCCGCUGGCGCCUCUUCUUCACCAGUAGAGAGCCUUUCUUCUGCUUCUGCUUCGUCCUUCUCGCCUCGCCUGGGGAGAAACGAGGGAGCGUCUCAUGGGGUCGAGGCGUCAUCUGCGGCGGAAGAAAACUCUGGAAUCUCUGAGGCGAGCGCAUCUUGUCAGAGGCGCGUUCUCAAGGGAGGAGACAUCUGUGUGGCGGAGGCGCGUGCGCAGAAGGGAGAAGAAGACGAGGAAGCAACGCGUCACCGACGUGUGAUCGAGAGAGUUUCUGAGGACUUCCUCGCCUUCUCUGCUGGCGUCUCCAGACAGGCGGAGAGGCCCUCUAUGCGGACUCUGUUUCCUCAAGCAAGUGGACGCUGUGAUGACGCAGACAACGAGAUUUCCUUAGAUUCUAAAGCACCAGAAGCAUCCGAGUUUCUCGCAUCUGGCGCGCUUUUAUCCGAGCGUUCCUCUUGGCUUCGAGAACUCGUUUCGCCUGCGAGAAAAGACUUGGAAAACUCCGCUACACACAUCGCCGUAGGUUUAUCAUUCUCCCCUUCUCCUCCUCUCUCCCUCUCAGCUGCGUCGUCUGCGCCUCCUUCUUCUCCCCCGUGUGCGGCUUCGCGUCUUGCCUCUCCAGCCCACUCAGGCCGCGCGUCGACUUUACCGCAUUCGUCCUCCGCUUCGCCACCGCCUGCCUCUUCUCCUUGCUCUUCUUCUUGCUCUUCUUCUUCGGCUGGCUUCGAGGCUUCUUUCGCUCUCGGCGAGACUCCGGGAGGACCGCAGGCAGGCGACAGGCCCGUAUUCCUGGACGCUGCGUCUCAGGCAAAGGCCGCGUCGCUUCCACUCUCAGAGAAGAAGGAGGCUCGUGAAGGGCAGUUCGCGCGUUUGACUGGCACCGGGGACCGCGCGUCUCUCGUCUUCAGUGAAGAGAAGCCGCCCAGGCUAUCUGGAGUCGAGGCGUUUGGAAAGACGGAGCAGCCAGAACAGAAAAGAGACGAGAGAGAAGAGGAGAGCAGCGAGGAGCGAGCAGAUGGACGGUGGGCACCGAGGCGAGGGAACGCAGAACAGAUCGCCUCUCCCGAAGCAGAAGACAAACGAGAGACGAGGAGCUGCGCAGAACACUUCUUCGAGCUGACGCUGGAGGAGAAACUCCAUAGAAGACGCGUUCAAGACCAAGUCGACGGACAACAGAGGUUCCUCCUGGGAGACUCUCGAGCCUCGCGCGCAGCGGCGCUCGCAGGGGCAGCUGCAGCACUCGACCGCGCCGACACAGAACGACUGCAGCAUGUCGUGGAGGUUCAGGAUCGUCAAAUUCUUUCACUGCGUGAUCUUAUCCUACAGAAGACAGGCGAAACAGAGAGCUUGGAGAGUGCACUGCGCCUUGCAGCUGAAGAGAACGCUCAUCUUCAGAAUCAAGUGAAGGAGGCGCAGGCCCUCUGCCUGGAAAUGAAGGACCGUCAAAAUCAACUAGCAGACUCCUUCUACCGGGAUGCCCACAGACACCAGACGUCUCUCCUCGAGCUCGCGAAUACAGAGGCAGAAGGCAGAGAGCUCGUCGUCAACAGACUUACGUUUGAGUCGGCGAAAAAAGAUCGAAUCAUCGAGACUCUCCACUCGCAACUGGCAGCCAAGGAAGAAGAAAUCUACGAGCUGACUCACGCAGUCGAAGAUCUCCGAGACUGGCAACGCAAGAUGCAGGGGGGACAAGUCGCGGCGGUGGUGCAGAGACAAAAAGAUGCGGACGCGAGAGUCGCCCUGGCGCAGGCCGAGUGCCGUUCUCACCUGGCCGACAAAGAUGUUCUUCUUCAGCGGCUCCGACAGGUGGAAGAAGCGAUGAAAAUAAAAGAUGAGGAAAUCCGUGUUGCACACGAGAGACUGCAAGACCAGGAGACGGAGGCUCAGAAAGUUCUGAGGAAAAUGCAGGGCAUGCAGUUCGAUAUGGAUCUCAUGCGUUUGCACAUUGCCGACAUGGAGAAGGCUGCGAAAAACAAAGAGGAGGCAAUGGAUGUCGAAUUGAAGCGACAGAGAGAACGCGACAGACACAAGCAGCAGUCUGAGCUCGAGCGUCUCUCGGAGACAAUGAAGGAGCGGGCGGCGCAGGUUGAAGAGCUCGAACAAACCGUGCGGAUCCUUCGAAAGGAAAACGCACAUCUUCGUGACGGAGUCGGAAAAGUGACUGAGGUCCUCAAAAGCCGCGAGAAAGCGCUCUCGGAGCUGCAGGAACAACUGGCAGAGCUGGAGGCGCAUGCGCAUAUCAAUGACAAGUCGGUGCAGGUCGAGCUCCUGCGCCGCGGGGAGCGUGAGUUGAAGAAGCGCCUGGCUGAGCAGACGAGUCGGAUCGAUGUCCUUCAGCAAGACUCUCUCAUUCUUGCCCAAACGCGCGCCGAGAAUCUGGACCUUCGGCUUAAAUUGGAGGAAUGUGAGGCCGCCCUGCGGCGACAAGGAGCGCAGUUAGCCAUUCUCCGUCAUGCGCACGCCACCAAUCGGAUCAGCGCUCUCAUGGACAUCAUGGGUGACGGGAAGGACUUUGAUUUCCUGUCUUCCGUUACCUCCAACCCCAUGCUCUCUGCGUCUUCUAGGCCUUCUACUUCUCGUCUCCCUUUUCCUUCGACUUCUCAUCUUUUUGGUUCGUAUCCUCCGGCAGGUUCUCCUUCGUCUCGUCCUUCUUCUGCGUCGCGUUCGCCUUCUCUGCCGUCGCAGCUGAAAGGCUUCGCGGAUCCUCGGAGUUCGCUUCCACAAGUCUCCGUCGCUCCGUCGCCCUGCGAGAGCCUUGCUUUGCGCUCUGUGGCGAACCCUGCCCUGCGUCCGGCCGUCUCGUCUGCCGCCUCUCGGCAUUACACACCCACCGCCUCAGCUCUUCUUCCUCUCGCCGUCUCCUCAUCGCAGACAGACGCGAGUGGCGCAAACGCGAGUCUCUCGGCGUCGGCGAAGACUUCGGAAAGAGCGCGCGUCCUCGAAAACACCGUCUCGAGCUCCCUCUCCCUGCUGCGCGACACAGAGGACGUUGCUGCAUGCACGCGACGCCCCGCAGCCGUGGCGAGCGGCCAGGGAAGCAUGUUUGCGGAAGAGGACGCGAGAGGCCAAGGCGAAGAAGAGGCAGGCGGGAGGCGGAAGCAGAGCGGAGCGUCGCAUGCCGUUGAGGCGGCUGAGGAGACCAGCGAAGGACGCGAAGGAGAGAAAGAAGGAACGCAGAAAAAGCAGAGAGAAGAACCGGCGCCAGCCGCGCCUGGAGUGGACUCCAGAAACUCAGACUGUCAGGCAGAAGACGGCCGGCGCGAGGCGAAGAGGGGAGCAAGUCACAGUCGAGACAUCGGUGGAGAGCAAAGAAACGACGCGGCGCUUCCCCUAACGGGAUCCUGCUUCCAAGAUCGUCCUGCGCUCGUUUCACCCGACACGAUAGAAACCGGAAUGGCGAAAAGACUUGACCCAAUCGAGCGCUGCGUGCGUGAGUGGAUGAGGCAAUCCCUGCCUCCGGGGGUUUCGCUCCCUUUCGUGAGAAUCUCAGAGGGCCUGUACUUGCAUGAAGGCGAAACUGUCAAAGUUCGUCUCGUCAACGGCAUCCUCAUGGCGCAUACACCCGAAGGAUGGAUUUCUCUCAGGGCCUUCCUGCAGAAGUCGUCGUUCCUGUCUCGACUGAGAGGUGUAUCUCCAGCCUCUGGGCAUGAAUUGUCCGGAAAAGACGCGCCAUUUUCAGCGGCGAUGAACGUUGGGCCUCGUUCUCUCGUCUAUUCUUCGCCUCUGGAUCGCAGUCCCCCUGAGCUGCAUGCAAGCAGCUCCCUACUCAGAUCCUCCGAAAAUUUCUGUUCUUCGAUUCCUCGACAAGGCACUCACUCCUCGCUGUCAGGCCGCCUGCCCACAUCCCUUUCUUCCUUCUUUCCUCACCCUUAUUCCGUUGGUCCUUCCUCUGGGUCUGCGUCGAUUUCGGUUCCAUCUCUUUCUUGUUCUCUUCCUCCUUCUCUCCCAGUGCCUUCUUCGCUUCCCGGCGCCAACUCUCCCUUCCGAUAGCUUUUCGCUCGCCUUUUUCGCCUGCUCUCGCCUCGCGUUCUUUCUUUUCUCCUUUCCCGGUUCUUUUCUCUUUCAAGUUGCCUUCGACUGCAACCGAAGAGAGAGUCGCAAAAACUCGAGGAAUCGCGGGUCGUUUCUCUCUCAGACGAGCGUCUGACUUCUAGGUCCUCUGCGUUCUCUUCUGUCUCAAGAGGUCCUGUCUCCCCUCUCGGCAAAGCCUCGGUCUCGGUGUCGGUGCCUUGACCGUUGAUCGCCGCAAGCAUCUGCAGAGUUCUGGCUUGGUAUGCAGUUCCGAAAAUUUGCGCGCAGCAGUUGUUCUUUGUUUGUGAUGGCGGAUCCAGACUUGCGUCUUCAUUUUCGUCCACAAUGCAGUGAGAAGUUUCAGGACAUGCCGCUGCAGAAAAAGAGACAAGAAGCUGCGCAGAUGCUCCCGUCUCUCGUGAGACAAACCGACGCAUGCAUUCCAGAAAAAUCGAUCGCUCAGUCACGAGUCUCGGGCCACUGCUGCUCGUUACCUGCUGGAGACGCUCUUCAGACGCCCACAAUACGCACCUCAACUUUUCUCCAUCUCUUGUUCAACUUUUCUGCAUCUCUUGUUCAACUUUUCUCCAUCUCUUGUUAGUGUGCCAUUUCUGAAUGGAGAGCUGCUCCAGCUGUGCAAUUUUCUGGAAAUCCGAG